AUGGGAGGAAGUCUCGCUUCUGCUGCAAGCUCGGCCAGGACUCAAGGGGCUGGAGUGUCUCGGGGAGGGUCUCAGGGAGGUGAAGGCCUUGGUGUGAGUGAGAAGACAGGUCAGCUGAAGGAGUCGCAUCAGGUCAGAAGAAGGAAGAGUCCCAGGCUCUACCAGAGUCAAGGUAAGGACCCUUGGAAUGUGACCUCUCGCCUUAGGCUAGCAGAGGCGCAGGAGGAGAGGGCACAAGCCUUGUUAGAGGAAAGGCCCGUGGGAUCCCAUCUUCCACCAUCCUGCUUACGCUUCUACCUGCUGCCUCCAACAAGAGUCAUCAUGCCUCACUCUCCAAAGCAUCCGCGCCUCACAUUUGAGCCAGGCUUUCAGACCCUAAGUAACAUACAAGGCCUGCUGAUGGUACAGGUUCCCACAGCUGAGGAGGAGGAGGAGACUGCCUCUGUUUCCUCUUGCUCUUUCACUUUCUCCUACCCCUCAACUUCCCCCCCUUCCUCUCCUCUGCUACUGGGCACCCCAGAGGAGGAGCAGGGGGAGGAGGAGCAGGGGGAGGAGGAGCAGGGGGAGGAGCAGGGGCAGCAGGGGGAGGAGCAGGGGGGGGAGGAGCAGGGGCAGCAGGGGCCUGCCGCUGUGACACGGGGUCCUCCCCAGAGUCCUCAGAGCUCCUCCUCCACGUCAUGGAGCACAUCAGAUGGAAGCUCCAGCAUCCAAGCAGAAGAGGGCACAUGCUCUCCCCAGGCCUUAGUAGGCACCACAUCCUCUCUCAGAGACCUGCUGGAUGAAAAGGUGGCUGAUUUGUUGCGUUUCAUGGUCCUCAAAUAUCGACUGAAGGAGCCCUUCACAAAGGCAGAAAUGCUGAAGGUUGUCAUCAAAAACCAAUUCCCUGUGAUCUUCAAGAAAGCUUCUAAGUACCUAGAGGUGAUCUCUGGCCUUGAUGUGAAGGAAGUGGACCCCAAAAUCCACUCCUAUGUCCUUGUCAGCUCAUUAGACCUCACCCAUGAUGAUAUGCAUAGUGAUGACCAGAGCAUGCCUAAAAAUGGCCUCCUGGUAAUCAUCCUGGGUGUGAUUUUCAUAGAGGGCAACUGCGCCCCCGAGGAAAACAUCUGGGAUUUCUUGAAUAUGAUAGGCGUGUAUGCUGGGAGGAAGCACUUCAUUUAUGGGGAGCCCAGGAAGCUCAUCACUAGAGACUGGGUGCAGGAGAAUUAUCUGGAGUACCGGAGGGUGCCUAAUAGUCAUCCUCUACGGUACGAAUUCCUGUGGGGUCCAAGGGCCCAUGCUGAAACCAGCAAGCUGAAAGUUCUGGAAUUUUUGGCCAAGAUCAAAGGAACUGACCCCAUUUCCUUCUCAUACUGGUAUGAGGAGGCUUUAAGAGAUGACAAAGAGAGUCAGGGCCACAGUUGGCCCCUUGGAUAG